GUUGCAGCCGCCAUCUUAUGACAUAAAAAAGAAGAGUGGAAACGUCGAUUACAGAUGUAAAGGGAAUACUAAGUAAUUCGUAACGAGUUGGAAAAUAAAUAUAAAGCCAAAUGUGUUUAUGGACUCCCUCGUAAUAAAUGGUUAUGUUUCUGAUAAGAUUGGUUUAGUAUUUGACCGAUCACACAUCGCAAAGAUGGACGACGCGGCGAGGGAAGAUGCCUGCCGAGAGUAUCAGUCCUCCCUCGAAGAUUUGACAUUCAACAGUAAACCUCACAUCAACAUGCUGACCAUUCUGGCAGAGGAGAAUCUGCACUUCGCCAAGGAUAUCGUCGCAAUAAUUGAAGCACAAAUCACCAAGGUUUUUAUGAAUAUAGAAUUUUCAAUUUCAGCUAUUAACUUCGACGAAGAAAGGGCCUGUGUAAGCUAACGGUAGCCUUGAAACAGCUGCCCAUGGCAACAUCAUGGCGGCAACACUGUUAAAUCGCUGUUCUUGUUGUAGCGACGUAACGUUGGCUAACGUUUCUUGUCAACAGUACCAGUUUCGUUUCAGCAAAAGGUUACCGUUAUAACAAUUAAUUUCAUGCUGAUUACAUUUAUAAUGGUAAUGUAACAUUAGCUAACGGCUAGCUAACGUUAUCCACUGAGUUAGCUAGCUAACAUGUCAUUUCGGAAAGCCGAUUGAGUCGUUUGCUACCAACUAAUUCAGAAAUUCAGUCGCCAGAUCAGAGUAACGUUAGGAAGUCACCCUUAUUUGUUAGAUCUUAUAUAAAUAAAUAUAGGUUUUAUGCUGUGGGAUAUUUUUCACAGUUCAGAACUUAACGUUAUUUGGAAAAACGUUACCGAAACCGAAUCCAAUAUGGCGACAUGACGGAGGAAACUUAUGUUGGCUAUUUCAGUUAGCUAACGCUAGCAUGCCAUGCCAAUGCAUUCCACAAGUUUGACAGGUUUGCACACGUGAUUUGGCCACAUCAAUUGCCAAAUUUAAACCAGUACACACUGGCCUACCAAACAAUACAAACUAAUGAAAGUAUUAUCUAGUUAUUGCAUUAAUUUUGGCCUUGUUUCACUUUCUACAUACAAUUUACUUGAACCAGAAUCUGGGUUUACAGGAGACGUUGAAUAAGGCGAUUCUCCUUGAAGCCCAGGAAGCAGUACUUCAAUUUAACGUUCACCAGCUUUUCAAGUUUAAUAAUGUCAAAAUACGUCCGGUACUUACCAAAGAAUGGAGUUUCGCUGAGCAACUAUUGUCAUCAAUGCCGUACUUCCAAAAAGUUGCAAAUAAAAAUGUAAAUGUAACCAAAAAAAUGUGUCGUCUGGAAAGAAACUAUUGUUUUGACAAAGUGCACAUGAGCCAAAUCCACCUCUAAUAAAAUCACUAAUUACUGCCAUGCACAGGUCGGCUGAUCCAGUAGCAGCAAAGGUCAUUUACUUGUAACUUAAGGCGGCCUACAGGCCUAACGUUACUGCUUGUUAGUUAUUGCUAGACAAAAGUAUCUAGCUAGGUAGCUAAAGUAAUAAUAACAAAAUAAAUCAUCGUUAUAGACAUAUGCAGACCAAAUAUAUGUAGCUGUUGCAAUUUAGAAUAGUGUCAAUCGUUUUCAUGUGACAGUUCACUGGUCUCUUUCAAUUUGACUUAUCAGCUGCUUUUGGUAUUAUCUAUUUGAAUUUUGAAAUGUCAAUGAAUGGUAAAAUGUGAUAAUAAAAAAUAUGAAAUAUGCUUUUUGUCUUUUUUAUUUCCCAGUGUAAUUUAUUGGUACAGAAUCAGAUCUCAGGUUAUUGCCUGAUUGGUGUUAAACUCAGUUUUUGAUCAAUGUGAUGAUCAUUGUCACUUAUCAGAAGGCAUUGCCCAUUUACAUGUGAAUAUCUAUUGGCUUAAAUGCAGUAUAUUUGCAUAGUUGGAGUUAUUUUGUGUUUUAUUGAGAUGUGAAUUGGGUUUACUACUGAAAUUGUCAUGUUUACUCAUGACCACUUAUCAAGUUCAGUCCUAGUUAUUUGGUUUUCAUGGCAUAUAUUGUUCAAGACUUUCAACUUGCAAUUGCACAUUUUAAAUGAAACCCCCCAAAAUCCUGCUCUAUUCUUGUCGACUUCCUCUUAGUAUGUUAUAUCCUGUUUUUGUUCUAAAAGGGUGAUAAUGCUUCUUCAAAUGGACUGCCCCUCAGAGGGAUGAUAUAUCAGUGACUUCAUUCAAUAAAACGGUAAUGGUACAUGGAGUGAUCUCUCUGCCAGAGACACUCUUUGGAGGUAAUAAAAAACAAAAACAAAAAAACUUUAUUCAUUUCUGCUGGAUGGACAAAAUUUUUUUUUUCCUGCUCCCAAUACAAGACACCAAAGUAAUAGUUGAACAAAAUACUUUUUAUGGACAUUGAAUGUUUUUGAUCCAGAAUGAAGACACUUCACUAUUUGGGUUUUGUUUUUUCUGGGGGAGGGGGGAAUUGGCUUUUUCCUUAUGGAUUUUUUUGAAUACACCCUGUUACUGUAACUAUGUUCCUGUAAAUGGUGCAUUGCACAACACUUCAUGUGACAUAGACAGAUUCAAAAAAAUAUAUAUAACACCCCCCCCCCCCCCCCCACAUGACAACCGUUUUGCAACUGCUUUUCCAAACAAAACAUUUUUUUCUGAGCUAUCAUGCCAUGGACAAUGGAUUGAUUUUUUAAAAACUUUUUGUAAAACUUUUUUUACAAUUAUUAUUACCCAAGACUGACAAGGAUAUUUUCCCAGCCCAAACACUUCUUACGCGUUCUUUUUGCUUAACUAAUACAUAAUGAAUGUGAUGCCUUAUUCAUUUCUGAAAUGUUGGUGUUAACCCCUGUUGUUUUCUAAACUUGUUGAGUUUUCUAUUACCCUAGGCUCCAGCUGCCGAGAAGCUUCCAGUUUUGUACUUAGUGGAUUCCAUAGUGAAGAAUGUUGGAGGCGAAUACCUUGCAGUGUUUGCUAAAAACCUAGUCACUUCAUUUAUAUGUGUUUUUGAAAAGGUAUAUACUACUUUAUAUUUUUGUGCAUUCUUGAAGAUUAAUAAGCACCUUUUAUAAAAUUAGCUGACCACUGUACUGCUUGCUUUUAAUGUGUAGUCUUUUCUAUCUCUUGUCUUGUAUAAUGAAUUUUUACUAAUAAAAUGGUGUUUGUGGUUCCCCUUUGAUUUGGGGAAGUGCUUGAUUGAAAAAUAUCCAAGUCAUUAAUUGUUUUUAUAGUAAAAUGCAGUGUGGUAUACAGAAUAUGUAAUAUUUCACUGUUUUCAUAACGGUUGAUACACCUUCGUUAGUGUUUGGAAGUAUAAUUAGACACAUUCUCCAAGUGUCUUCUUGAUCUUGCCUGAAUUGAAUGUACUGCUAAACUACAGGCCUUUGAAGACAGAAUGUGUUUGUGAAGUGCUGUGUACUCUGCUGCAGGACUUUGAGUUGAGCUGUGGUCCAAGCUGUGUCCUCUGUUUUGUAGGUGGAUGAGAACACUAGGAAAAGUCUGUUCAAAUUACGCUCCACCUGGGAUGAGAUCUUCCCGCUGAAGAAACUCUACGCUCUUGACUUGCGAGUCAACUCUCACGACACGGCCUGGCCCAUCAAAGCACUGCCACCUACUGUGAAUGCCAGCAUUCAUGUCAACCCUAAGUUUUUAAAACAUGUGAGUAAAGUGUCUGUAUAUCUGUAUGUGUGUCCAGGAAGAGGAUCUGCUGUUCUAAAAGUGUAUCUGUGGAUAGAGGAAAGUGGGGGGGGAAAAAAAAUAUAUAUAUAUAUAUAUAACCUUCAUGACAGUAUGAUCUAUAAAGUUAAAGACAUCCUGACCCUUUGCAACACUGGACAUUUCUACACACACACACACACUCUGCUACCUAUGGACUUGAGUCCUUCCCAUCCCUGAAUGUUUUCUCUCCCCGCUCCAGCCUGAGGAGGUGACUUCCCCUAGGGCCCUGUCCCCCGCGCCCGUAGUCCGCGCCCCGGCCCCCGAUCCCCAGCCUGCAGUGGUCCCCAGUGUCAGCGAGAAGAGCAUCACCCAGGAGCAGGUCAUCAGGCAGCAGCUGCUGGCCAAGCAGAAACAGCUACUGGAGCUACAACAGAAGAAGAUUGAGCUUGAGCUGGAGCAGACCAAAGCACAACUGGUGAGACUCACUAUUGUACCGAUUUUCCUCCUUUUGAAAAUCUAUUAAUUUAAAUAAAACAAAUUAGGUCUGGUCCUCACGGAGCGGGGUGAGUGUAGAAACGUUUUUGUUAUUUUCUUAUUGUCUCUUAUACUAAACACAAGAUGUUCUCAGUCCUGCCCCUCUUUUACAUUUCAGGCUGCAAAUGUGGUGCUGUCAACUCCAGCAAUAGUGCCAAAGGCCACCCUGCCUGUCUCCGACCCCAAACCCCCCACCAGGGACCCCCGCCUCAACCGGGCCGGCCCAGGGGCCCCCCAGGCCAAAGAAUCAACCAGCCAUAAGAAAGACGGCCACGGUAUGGGAGGACCAGCACACACACCAGAGAAACAGCUGCCAGAGCGACCCGGCAGGCCAGAGAAGACACGGCCCCCCAAGAAGGAGCUUCUAGAAGUGAAAGCCAAGUCCAAGUCCCUCUCUCCCAUGGCUAAAGGGGUGCUUGGGAAGAGCAAGCACUAUGAGGCUGAGAACGUGAAGACAGCGGAUGCCACGGGCAAGAAAGACCCCAGGCUGAGGAAACAACUCCAUGACAAGGCCGACCCGAAAGAAGAGGUGAAGGAGAAGAAGAAAUGCACUGAGAAGGAAAAGGAGAUGGAUGAGGCUGUGAUGAAGGCGUCAGGCAGGGGGAAGAUGGCCAAUGGCUCAGUCAGCAAACCGGAGCGUGAGAAACCAGAGCCUGUAGAGAAACCGGAGAACCAGAUCAGAGGGAAUGCCAGGACCAACGCCAGGAAACGCUCCCGUUCCCCCUCGCUGCACCUGCACUCACCUAAGAGGAAGACGGAGAGGAGGUCCCCCAAGAGGAGAGCCAGGAGCAUCUCCCCCUCUCCUCCUUUACACAAACCUGGGAAAGGAGGGAGGCAGUCAGGAGGCAAACACUCCUCUCACCAUGAGGACUUCCCCCAGCACGGGACCACCAGAGAAGAGAGGGUAACCCCCAAGAAGAGCUCGUCUGAGCCCAGGAGAGCCAAGAGGCCGGCUGAGGAGAGGCCGGCGGAGGCCAGGGACACGCACUCCUCCCCCCGCACUCCGUCCUCCCCCCGCACUACCUCAGAGGGCAAGGAGACCAAGGAGAAUGCCAAGCGCUGGAGGAGUGGGUGGGAAGAGAACAAACAGUGAGUAGACUGAUACAUCCUGUGAACUAUGUGCCUUCUUAUCCUAUCCUAAUGGUAUUUACAGUGCCGUGAAAGUAUUUGCGCCCUUUCUAAUUUUCUCUACUUCUGCAUAUUUUGGAUACUGAAUGUUAUCAGAUCUUCAACCAAAACCUAAUACUAGAUAAAGGGAACCUGAGUGAACAAAUAACACAACAAUUACAUACUUAUUUCAUUUAUUUCAUAAACAAAGUUAGGCAAUAUCCUAUGCCCCUGUGUGAAAAAGUAAUUGCCCCCUCACACUCAAUAACUGGUUUUGCCACCUUUAGCUGCAAUGACUCCAAUCAAACGCUUCCUGUAGUUGUAGAUCAGUCUCUCAUAUCGCUGUGGUGGGUUUUUGGUCCACUCUUGCAUGUAGAACUGCUUUAACUCAGCUACAUUUGUGGGUUUUCAAAUAUGAACUGUUCGUUUCAAGUCCUAACACAACAUAUAUAAUAAAAAAUAAAUAAAAAUAAUAAAAACAUAUCAAUUGGGAUUAGGUCAGACUUUGACUAGGCCAUUCCAAAACUUCCAAUUUGUUGCUUUUUAGACCUAACCUAAUAUUAGGUUUUGGUUAAAGGUCUAACAUUCAGUAUAAAAAAAAUAUGCAAAAAUAGAGAAUCAUAAAGGGUGCAAAUACUUUUUCACAGCACUGUAUCUGCCUCUGAACCUCAGAAACAUAGUCAGCCCCUUAUCUGGUGGUGUUAGGUUAGGGUGUGUACCUGUAUGAUCUGGGACUAGGUGUGUGCUCUCUCCUAACCACUGAUCUUACAUGUGUCUGCUCAUGUAUGUGUAUUGUUGUACUCACAAGACUGAGGUAACUAAGGGGCAGUUUCUCAGACAGAUUGGGCCUAGUCCUGGACUAAAAUGUGUGGUCAAUGGAGAAUCUCUGUGGUCGGGAAACUGCCCCCAUGUAUUUGAAAGUUGUCAAAUAAAUUAACAAAUUCCUUCAUCCUCAGUCUGAAGUUGUCGUCAGAGGAGGCUCAUGGGAAGGGGGCAGGUCCUCCACAGAGACGGCAAUCAUACUCCAGCAGCCAGAGACCUACCACCCCCCGCACCCCCAAACAGCACCGCCUUAGUGUCGACGCAAACCUGCAGAUCCCAGAGGCACUUCACUCUGCCAGCAAGAGAGACCUGCUCAAAAAGGUACGCCCUCAAAAAAACAUGCUUUUUUUUCUUCCAUUUUUUUUUUUAGGUAAUAGAUGCAGCAUUUAAUUGUAAAGUAUCCAAGGGAGAAGCGCUCAAAAGGUAUACCUAAGGCCUCAAAAGUAGUUCACUAUAUAGGGUGUCAUUCUGGACGCAGACAUGGAAAUAUAAUUCUGUUAUACACAUGACAUACAAUUGAAUGGAAUUGUAAGAACAUCCCCUCAGCCUUUUCCCAUCCUCAUGUUUUGUGUCGGAAAUUAUGUUCAGUAUUUUUUUGUAGUUAAUUGUAUCUAUUUAUCAGGGUGUUUUUUGGUUCAAGUCUUCAUUUUAAUUAAAAUCUUAAAUCAGGUCUUAGAUUAUGUUUUCAAAGGUCUUAAAAAUGUGGAGAUGACUACAGCGUUUCCAUCAUUGUGCUGCUGCUUAAUUGUUGCCACCGUGGCAAAAAUAAACUACCAUUAUCUGGUCAACAUUAAUGUUCAUUAACCUGCUUCCUGCAAUGAAAGUAUGUGCCCUGUCUCGCUGCUGGCUCUCACUUCCGCUCCCAUGGCGUGAAGGGAGAGAUGCAUUCUGAUAAGCGCAAGCAUACUGACAUGACAGUUGAGCGACAUUUCAAAAUGUAAUUGCGAGAAAGACCGUUUAAAAAAAACAAAAAAAAAACUACUGUUGCUGUGUGAGGAGUCUCAGCUUAAUGUGAGUAUAAUAAUUAUUUCUCAACUGUCAAUAGACUAAAUAACUAACACUUUACAAACAGUGUGUAAUUGAGAUGACGCGCCAGCGGAGCGAGCCAUUUGCAUUGAAUAGGCCUAUAUCAAGUAGCCUAUAUAGGCCUACCAAUGGAACGUUUUUGUAGGAUUACAUUUUACUGUUAGAUCAAUUUCAUGGCCAUCUAGCAACACUAUCAGAUUUAGAGUUAGCAAUUUAGAUAAUGUGUUGAGUUCCCACUUCCUCAGUUGGUAAAUUAUGUAGCAUAGGAUCUGUAGACAUAGCCUAGGCCAGGGGUAUGGAACUAGAUUCAGCCGCUGGAUGAUUUGUCGGAGCGAACAGGAAAUCAUUUGAAUAAUUUGUACACUGCCAAUUGACUACAACUAUGCCCAAAAAGAGAUUUGUAUUGGAAAAUAACAAUUUCAUACCUUCGUUAGAUUGAGACACAAUCCUGUUUUUUUUUUUUUUUUUUUUUUUGGGGGGGGGGGGAUAUUUACAUAUAUAUUUCCUCAAUUCAUUUUUAACUGAAUUCCUGGUGAUUUUUUUUUUAGUAUUUUUGUCCAACACAUGCAGGCAAAUGUACUAUCUAAAGAGCCCAAAAGAUAUCUGAUUGUUCUGGAUCCUAUUUUGACAUCAAAAUAUCCAGCAAUCCCUGAACCUGUUAGAUGAAAUGGCUCAUUUCUUUCAUGUCUUACUUGGCACUGGGAAAAAAAUCAGCCUAGAACCCUCCCGCUUAACUAUCUUGCUUUGAAAUAUUGCCAUUUGAUACCUGAAUGAGGGAAUUAUUUUAUUAUACUUUUUGGUUGUAGGCUAAUGUAUGUUAUGUUAUAGCACAUAGGUGGGCAAAUUUUUUGGCUCAAGGGCCACAUUGAGCUUUUGAAACCAUGUGAAUGGCCACAUACUAUAUAUUUGACAAAACAUGUGAAGCCUUUGUUCACCUUGACACACAACUACAAAUGUACUGUAGGUGUACAUAUGCUGCUAAGAUUGCAGAACCAUUGUCACUGUACCAUUGCUACCCUUCUAAAGUACAAUCAGAUUCACAACCCAAAAAAUUAAGUACAAAGUUUUGAAAUGUGAAAAGAGGUUGAAAUGACUGCAGACGUGUAUAAAUAGGCAUACAGUGCCUUCGGAAAGUAUUCAGACCCAUUGACUUUUUCCACAUUUUGUUACGUUACAGCCUUAUUCUGAAAUGGAUAAAAAAAAUUAUUUAAAAAAUCCUCAGCAAUCUACCCACAAUACCGCAUAAUGACAAAGCGAAAACUGGUUUUUAGAAAUAUUAGCAAAUGUAUUAAAAUAAAAAACAGAUACCUUUUUAUUUACAUAAGUAUUCAGACCCUUUGCUUUGAGUCUCAAAAUUGAGCACGGGUGCAUCCUGUUUCCAUUGAUUUUUCUACAACUUGAUUGGAGUCCACCUGUGGUAAAUUCCAUUGAUUGGACAUGCACCUGUCUAUAUAAGGUCCCACAGUUGACAGUGCAUGUCAGAGCAAAAACCAAGCUAUGAGGUCGAAGGAAUUGUCCGUAGAGGUCCGAGACAGGAUUGUGUAGAGGCACAGAUCUGGGGAAGGGUACCAAAACAUUUCUGCAGCAUUGAAGGUCCCCAAGAACACAGUGACCUCCAUCACAGUGACCUCCAUCACUCUUAAAUGGAAGAAGUUUGGAACCACCAAGACUCCUCCUAGAGCUGGCCGCCCGGCCAAACUGAGCAAUCAGGGGAGAAGGGCCUUGGUCAGGGAGGUGACCAUGAACCCGAUGGGAGAACAUUCCAGAAGGACAACCAUCUCUGCAGCACUCAGUUUGCCAAAAGGCACCUAAAGACUAUUUUGCCUUAAAUGUCAAGCGUCACGUCUGGAAGAAACCUGGCACCAUCCCUAAUGUGAAGCAUGGUGGUGGCAGCAUCAUGCUGUGGGGAUGUUUUUCAGUGGCAGGGACUGGGAGACUAGUCAGGAUUGAGGCAAAGAUGAAAUGAGCAAAGUACAGAGAUCCUUGAUGAAAACCUGCUCCAGAGCGCUCAGGACCUCAGGCUGGGGUUGAAGGUUCACCCUCCAACAGGACAACAACCCUAAGCACACAGCCAAGACAACGCAGGAGUGGCUUCGGGACAAGUCUCUGAAUGUCCUUGAGUGGCCCAGCCAGAGCCCGGACUUGAACCUGAUCUAACAUCUCUGGAGAGACCUAAAAAUAGCUGUGCAGCAACGCUCCCCAUCCAACCUGACAGAGCUUGAGUGGAUCUGCAGAGAAACUCCCCAAAAACAGGUGUGCCAAGCUUGUAGUGUCAUACCUAAAAAGACUCAAGGCUGUAAUCGCUGCCAAACAUACUUCAACAAAGUACUGAGUAAAGGGUCUGAAUACUUAUGUAAAUGUGAUAUAAAUCUUUUUUUUAUAUAUAAAUUGGCAACAAUUUCUAAACCUGUUUUUGCUUUGUCAUUAUGGGGUAUUGUGUGAGAUUGGUGAGAAAAAAACAACGAUUUUAUCAAUUUUAAAAUAAAGCUGUAGCGUAACAAAAUGUGGAAAGUCAAUGGGUCUGAAUACUUUCCGAAGGCACUGUAUAUGACAGGUAUCUGAUACAGCACUGUAAAAACCAUCUCCACUACUAAAGUACAAUCUGAGUGACACAAAUAAGAGCAAAAAGCAUAUUUAAGUUCCUAUUGAAUGGCCUGUUUGACAGCAUAUUAUGGAAGAGUUCUCACUUCACCUCCACCCUAAAAAAUAACAUUGAGGCACAUAUCUAAAACAUUUGGCUUCAUGAUAUGAAUGGAGAUGGUCUAUAUAAAUAGAUAGAUGAAAGCCGAUUUUACUGAACAGUUCUCAAAUCAUCUCAGCCAUAUAAAGUACAGUCUGAGCCAUUGUAAGUGUUCAAUGUCAAAUGAAUGGGGACAAGGCCAGUAUCCAAGUGCAUCGCUGGAUACUGCUGUAGUUCUCACUUACUACUUUUGCUAUGUCUUGUAGUCUUUUUAGAUUUAGGGAGCCAUCUGUUGUGACGUUGGUCAGUUUACUAUACGGUAGAUUCAUUUUUUUCAAGCAGGCAGACAAUGUUGUAUUAGUCCGAGCUCCUGGUUGUCCCCAUCAUCGAUUCCAUUGCAAGAAGUUCCUCUGUUAUUUCAAAGUUAUCAUUCAUUCCUCUGACAAAUGUAAAGUUGAGGGGUGUCUUUGGCAGUGCUCUCAUCCAGUGCAAUAGAAAAAAGAUUGAAGCCCUCCAUUUUCUUUUUCUGCUUUGAGGUAAGCUCCUCGGAAAUCACUUACACACGCCUGUUGCUGGAUCGGCAUGAUAAGCACAUUUUUCUCCACAAUCCGGACAAAGUGUGUUAGCAGUCUCCACUAUAGUCUCACAAACUCCUCCUCUUCAGUGAAAGGCUUGCUUUGCGUUGAAAUUUGAUGUGCCACUAUGUAACUUGCCUUAUUUACCGAUUCUUGAGUAGAGGACUGUUUGGUAACAAUAUUUUGUUGGGCUUGCACUUUUAGAGGCCUUGCUAGCCUUCUCCUGGGAGGACAGAUUGCUAGCGUAGUUAUUAGCAUGCUUCCUUCAAAACUGUGAUACUUUCUUGGCAUAUCAGACAUAUACCGCCUUCUGUCCCACGAAAGUGACAAAGUAUUUUGGAGUCCAUUCUUGAUUGAACACACAACGUUGAUUCCACUUUUCUCUUUUGCCGCGCAAAUUUUAUGUCAACGUUGUCCAGCAUGGACAAUGAACGUAGAUUCGAAUUGAGUGUAAGCACCGAGUGACUGUCUGAAUGUACGCCUAAUACCAGCAGCUACAAGACCAUCUGAGUUUUUGUAUAGCAUGGAAGAAGUACAUUUUAGGCCAGAAAACGCAAUUGAAAUAUAAGGACAUGUUGGUCAUUUUUAAAAUGGCUCGCCGGCCAGAUUGAAGUGCCUGUACUUUGCCCCCCUCUUAUAGCAUAUUACCUCCAAGAGAACUACUGGGUGUAUAGAACAGGGUUUCCGUUAGCUAGUAAUUGCCGCCUUUUUAUAUUAUGAGGCAUGUCUUACCUUGCUUGAAAAUCAGACCAUAGAAAGGUGGAGGCAAUUAUUUUAUAAAGACUUUAUAGGCAGCGCUUGAGUUUCAAGUUUGGGGAAGCAAACAAAUUAUCCUACCAUUUCUACCGAUCUGCGUGUAAUUUGCAUUUUCAUGGAACAGUUUCAUUUCAAUAACAUUUUUGUUUCUCAAAAUCAUUGUCAGUGGUUAAUCAUAAUCUUAGUUAAAAUGAUCAAUAUAAAAGUUAAAAUUCCAGUAAUGUGAGAGCACCAGCCUCUGCCAUAUGGACACACUGAUAUACCAUUAUCAUUGGCGACUAAAUGGCCUAAAUGAGUGCAUGGAACUCAGAUAUGGCGAAUGCAGCCGUUGGCCUAUAACUUCCAUUGUCAACUAAGUAAAAGUAGCCGACAUAACACAGUAGAAAAAUAUACUGAUGAUAAAUUCCAGCUCUUUCAGUCACAUUCAUCUCUCUAUUCAGCCUGUUUGCUUCCCUUUCUGUCUGUCUUGACUUGAGUUAUCCUAGUAAAGUGCAACAUUGUAUCAACUGGAUCUGUCCUGUAGCUGUCUCCAGCGAACAUGCAACAUUGUAUCAACUAGUCUAAUGUGGUCCUAGAAUUUCCCAUGCCAUUGAGCUCUGGACAGACAUCUGUUUUUGCGCAAGGGAAAGAUGUAUUUUAUGACAUUUAAAUUGGAUAUAUGUGAUCAUUAGAUGAUUAUAUUUAUACUUUCACACAGAGACUUGGUGGUUAUCGAGGGGGAGAUUGUUGGAAAGAUUUAGGCACUAUUAGGCCAUCAUUUGCAAUGGAUGAAAAAAAGGCUGACUUACUGUGUGAGGUGAAGAAAAAAUCACAGAGAAGCUCCAUCUAUUAGUGGUGGACAUGGUGAUUUAGACGAUCAGGAAUCAAACAUCCCCAAAUGGGCACUAACCUAGACUUCCGCUCAGCAGGCCAGUUAGGCUACUUCUAUGCUUGCUCAGGCGCGCAUUAGCAUAAAUGUAUGUAACCAAAUGACAGGGAUUAACGGUUACAGUACAUUUACUACUGGUGACAAAUGUAAUGGGGAUUUGAUUAAAAAAAUAAAAUAAUCAAAGAGCAAACAAUUCACAUGAAACAAUGAACCCGCAAGAAUUGUCGGGAGGCAGCCGAGUGGAUUCUGGAGAGCUGAGCCCAUUCAUUCUGGAGAGACGCCUGUAGGUUAUUUUCACCACACACCCCUCCCCUUCUUUCAACAUUUUAAAUUAUACUCGCCAAGACAUUAUCUUCACACACAUUUUAGAUGCUUUUCACUGACAGCCGCAACUCAAUAAUCAGCUAGGCAUUUUGCCACUGUGCUGCCUAGUGAGACUUCCUCAUAUGCCAUUUCUCCUGUUUUAUUGGUUUUCAUAUGAAUUUUCUUUCGUUGUCCAGAAGCCAAAUGCACAAUCCUAGUCAUAUUAGAAACCCAUCAUCCUAGUUGUUGCAUCUUUUAGAUUAACCUCAGAAACUUAGAAAUAGGGUGUUCAUCGCUGUCAUAUACCGCUCGCAUCAGGUGCUCCGUUUAGAAUGGUGUUUUCCUGCGAAUUGCAUUUUGGCAAAUGUUUGUAUUACUUUUUAUUGGCUGCUUCAUUACAGGAGUUGCAUGUUUUUAAAGGUGAAUUACCAUAAAUGUGAUUUCUGUCAUUCUGAGCACCGUGGGUGGAUGCCCUAAUGAGUAACACACCCAAUGCAUACAUGUCUGGUACAUUUCUCAAAUGGCCGGUAAAUUGAAAUCUUUGGUAUAGAGUAUUGUUCCAGCCCUACUCUAACAUACCAGAUUCUACAAAUCAGCUGCUCAACAGGACCUUGUUAAGCUGACUUGGGUGUGUUUGAGCAGUGCUGGAUCAAAAGCCUGCACACCCAGUGACCUAGCUCUCCAGAUGGAGAGUUGACCAUGUGUUUUAUACAGUAUCAGUGCUCUAUUUGACUUUAAGGCAUUUUAUGGUAUUGAGUAUCAUUAUACUAAGCUGGUAUUGGUAUGAAGCCACAAUUCUGAACGCUGUGUUUGUGAUUUAGCUAAUGAUUAGCCCAUUGGGUUAACCUAAACAAAUGCAAAUGGGGAAGCCAACCCCAUGCUUCAGAAAUCUAUAGCCAAGCCACUAUGCUACUACGUCCGUUAGGCUACAGAAGAAUGCUCAUUGCAGGCGAUAGCCUUUGAAUGAACCAGCCCUAAAAAUACUUAUUUUUGCCAACAUUAACUCCUUUCUGGAGUGGAAUCUUAGCAGGGGUGUGGUGCGCGCAGACCUCAAAAUUGGUAUUAAAUUGCAUUUCUAGUGGCAUUAAAAAGUAUUCUAUUCAACUUAAUGUUAUUGCCCAACCGUGAAGAGGAUUAUGUAUGUUGCUGGUUUUGUCAGUUUGACAAUGAGGCCUCUAAUCUUUUGUAACAACAAACAAGAAAGUUGUGUUCUUCUUUUCUAGCAGAGGAGCAUGUUACUAUUCCCCAGAGCUUUGUUCUGAUGUCUCUUCUCUCUUCCACUCUCACUGUGUGUCUCGGGGCGGUUGAGUUGUAAGCAGAAAGACAAAUGUUUGUGUAACGUGGGACAAAGUGAAUUACUACUACUAGAUAAAAGACUAAGUUAUCUUGUCCUUCCCUUUCUCCCUAUAGGCCAGUAAGCAUCUGGAGAACGGAGAGAUCAGCCACGAGGACUUCCUGAAUGUGGCCCACAAGAUCAAGCAGCUGUUCCAGUACCAGGAAGAGAAGCAGAGAGGAGGAGACUCCUGGGAGGGCUCCAGCGAGGAUGGCCACGGACACACCCACCCACUCCACCUCCCACCAACCAGGAAGAAGCCCCUGCUGGCCACGCCCACGGGGGGAGUGUCCUCUGGGGCGGACUUGUCCGACGCAGAGCUCACCUACUACGAACACAAGUCCAAGCUGAGGAGGACCCAGGUGAUGUGGCAGCAGGAUCAAGGAGGGGAGGGCUGGGACGGAGAGGACAGCCAGGAGGAGGGAGAGGGGGUGCUGGGGAGGCCCGGGGAGGGCCCUGGGGGGGCCAAGGCUGAGGUUAGCAGGGAAACUAACGCCCUCCCUUCAGGGAUGAAGUUCACCAGGCUUCCUAAGGACAGGCUGAAGGAGGUGGAGGAGGAGCAGCCCACCCCAGCAGCCAUCAUCCAGGAGUACAGCCACGGGAACGAGUUCCCCAGGCUCAAGCCAGGGCUACGCUUCAGGAGGAGACAAGACCCCAGGGAGUCCACCGCCACCGACAGACUCAAAGGCAAGUGGAGUUUCAGUUUCAUGUCUAAUGAUGGGCAACAUUUUUGGUUACGUUUUGUUAUAUGGACACAUGGUUGGACACCCAAGCCAAGGGAAUAUUAUGAAUCAGAAGUAUGUCUGUAAAUGCAGUGUUUUAUUACUAUCCGGUGAUUGAUGGUUCCUGUUCUCAUUUAGUAAUUGUUUAUAUUUCUCAGCAGGUGAACGAGAGCGGAACUCCCCCCUCAGCGAGCGGCUGCCCAAUCACAGACCACCGUAUGACGAGAGGGAGGAGCCUAAGAGCGGCUACAACGCCCCUCCCAGGCGGUAUGGAGGAGUACCGCUGUCUGAAGACCACUCUGUCAAACCUCCGUACUCCCGUUACGACGACCCUCGCAAACACGAACGCAUCCCCCCCAAACCCCCCGCCGGCCCGGUGCUCCAGAACUCAGUCAGCCUGGCACUGGAUGGCCCCAUUAGGAAGUCCCCAGUCCCUAUACCGGUACCGGCAUACGAGCGGGAGCGCCUGUCCCCAUUACAGCAGAUGGACACGGCGGAGAUGAGCCCUGUUCCGCGCUUUGAGAGCCCCAACAGCGAGCACUCGUGUGACGACGGGCCCCUGGACACCCCCCCUCUUCCCAGACCCCACCACCCAGGAGGACCCCCCCGCGGACCAAUGCUCUCCUCCAUACGCAGCAAACACGUCGACUCUCCAGGACACACCCCUCCUCACACCGCAGAUGGGCCCCAGAGAUACGACGGUGGUCCCAAAGGAGGACCCCCUUCGCCACGCUACGAUGGACCCCACAAGGGCACUCAGUCUGGGUACGACGGUCCUGGUCACAUAGGUCAGCCUGGCAGGCCCCAUCCUGGGGGCCGUUACGAGGGCAUCCAGGGGCCCGGUAGGUACGAUGGAGCAGGGUGCUCCUCCCACGGCCCAUCAAGGUAUGACGGGUCCUACCCUCAGGGCCCUGGCAGGUUCGAUGGCCCCCCUAUACAUAAAGGACCAGAGAAGUUUGACGGACCAGGAAGAUACGACGGCCCCGCCGUGCCUCACGUUCCAAUGAGAGGAGGGGACCCACAAGGCAUUGGGGGAAGGUUUGACGGCGGCCCGCCGCCUCAGCAGCAAGGUAGGCCAUCGGGGCGAUAUGACGGUAGGUUUGACGGACAGGGUCCUGGGCCAAUGCGUUUCGACGGCCCAAUGCAGUCCAACCGCUUCGACGGUCCAAUGAACUUCAACAACUCCCACAUGCAGGCCGGCCCUGGAAGGUUCGAAGGACUAAUGAGGUUCCCGCAAGGCCCCAUGAGAUUCGACGGCGCUCCCAACCAGCCAGGCCAGAUGCGUUUCGAUGGCCCAGUGAACCCCUCCACCCCAAUGGGCCAGCCCGGCCCCAUGCGCUACGACCCCCUGCCCUCUCUGCCCCCCCAGGGCAUGCCCCCACGCUUUGACUGCCCCUCUGGCCAGCAGGCCUCCCCCAGGUACCACGCCACUCCCAACCUGCAGCCCCCACUGCGGCCACUAGGGACACCCAUGUACGACCCAGCCAAUCCCGGAGGCCCCCAGCAGUUCCAGCCGUUCCCAGUGCAACCGAACGUGGUGGGCCAACAGGGGGCUAACUUCACGGUGUCUCCCGUCCCUGGGUCCCAGGCUGGGUUCAACAACUCCUACGUCAGACCUCCGUUCUACACCCCUGGUGUGCCUCUGCCACCGGCAGGGAACAUUCAACAGCCGGUGAGAACCUCUUCUUGAUUUAGGACAUAGGGGUUGUAUGUAGUUAUGUUCUUGAAUUAUUGUCUUUGAUGUUGUGUAAAUGUAUGAAAGUGUAUUCUUAUUUUAAAUGCACUACCAGUCAAACGUUUGGACACCUACUCAUUCAAGGGUUUUUCUUUAUGUUUACUAUUUUUUACAUUGUAGAAUAAUAGUGAAGACAUCAAAACUAUGAAAUAACACGUAUGAAAUCAUGUAGUAACCCAAAAAGUUUUAAACAAAUCAAAAUGUUAUAUUUGAGAUUCUUCAAAUAGCCACCCUUUGCCUUGAUGACAGCUUUGCACAAACUAGUGCAUCAGAUGGGGCUUCACCAAAGUCCUUCACCCCCCCCAGCUGAUAUAGAUUGAGCUAAAAUAUUUUGUUCUAUGUUAGUCACCACCCACAGUGGGUUAUCUUCACGGUGAAGUGUAACUUGGUGGAGCAGUUCAUAAAAAUGGAGUCACACCGGGGUGGAGCCAGUCAUUUAAUGAACAGAACAAUUCAUCGGAUGGAGAGUUUUCAUCCCAGCUAAAGCUUCAACUAUAGUUUUCACCUCAGCAAUCUUGAAUCUCUUGAACUUCAUCAUAUGGAGCACGACCAAAGUCCUUACUCUACUGAGGCUUUGCUUACAAUUACUUUCUCUAAGCAGGCCCUGAUAUCCAAGUGCCAAACGAACAGCUUAUAUUUAACUCAAACGCCAGAUGUGCUUGGGAGGUAGAGGACUGUAUACAAGCUAUUUAGGUCAGUUGAAGGCUAAAUGUCUGUUUUGUCUUUGUUCCAGAUGAACAUGCUUCCUAACCUUGGCCAGCCCUUCAUCCCUCCCAGCACAGUGCCUUUCAACCAGCCUGGUAAGAUCAUGUUCACUGUUUAUUUCAUCAAGAUCUACUUUCUGUUCUCAAUGUUGCUGUUCAAUAAAGGGCUCUUUAUUUCAUGUUACAGCAUUGUGAGAAUAGUAUCAUGACAGUCUGUUUCAUCCUCUGCCUUUUUGAAGUGAUUCAUCUUGAUUAGUUGAUUAGAAAUCUGUGAGAUGUCUGGAUGACUUAAAAAUAAAAAAUAAACAUGUUGGACAUUCUCAAUGUAAAUAGUAUUUUAGUCCGGGAGUGCUUAAUCUGGGUCUGUGAAACUGGCCUUCUGAGAUCAGAUGAAUCGCAUGUCCAGUAUGAGUACCUAUUGCUGUAAAUCAAUCGCUGGGUAAGGAACAAAUCAAGUUUGUCAUGUACAUCAUACAGUGUAGUGUACACACUACAAUUAACUGCUUACUUGUACCUGUAGCUCAGUUGGUAGAGCAUGGCGCUUGCAUCGCCAGGGUUGUGGGUUCGAUUCCCACAGGGGGCCAGUAUGGAAAUGUAUGCACUCACUAACUGUAAGUCGCUCUGGAUAAGAGCGUCUGCUAAAAUGACUAAAAUGUACUUGCAAACUCUCCUCUCAAACAGUGUAACCGAUCUAAAAUAUUCAAUGACAAUAAAGAGAGAAAAACACAAUACAAGUUUUGGUAAUUGCUUGAAAAGUUGAUUGAUGCCAAUUGAUUUCUGUUUUGUCAUUCUUCCCCAGCUCCCCAGUUCCCCCCUCCAGAGAGUCACUUUGGGCAGGUAGAUGUGAACGACCUGCUGUCCAAGCUUAUUUCUACCGGCAUCAUCUCUACCGGAGGCAUCAAACCAGCUCAGAGUACAGACACUGCUGUGGCACCCAGCGGUACAGAGUCAGCCGCCACCCCACCUGCCCCUCCCGUGGUAGAAGAGGAGGAAGAGGAAGAACAGGAGGAGGAUGAGAAUAUCCCAGACCUCACCGGCUUCCUAAUCGAAGACAUGAAACAGUACGUUUGUUCAAAUGCACCAUGCUGGUCUGAUUAUGAACAGAUUCAUGGUAAAUCUACCAUUGAAAUCAAUGACUGUUUCCAUCUAGUUAUUUAUGCAUGAGAAUUCUCAAGUUAUGCAUUGGCCAGUGGACCCUGUGAGUAAGAUAAAAUAAUAAUAAUAAAAAAAUGUAUGGUCAACAUGUGUUCAUAAAAUUGUGAUGUAUUUGUCUUUAUAUGUAAAAUAUAUGAGUAUUACCCACUGGUUCUGUUUGUCCCUCUCCCCAGGCGGUAUGACAGCGUGGUGACUAAGCUGUACACAGGGAUCCAGUGUUACUCCUGCGGCAUGCGUUUCACCGCCUCUCAGACAGACGUCUACGCUGACCACCUGGACUGGCACUACCGUCUGAACCGUUCCGAGAAAGACAUCAGCAAGAAGGUCACCCACCGCCGCUGGUACUACAGCCUCACGGUAAGGGAGAGCGAGACACACACACACACACUCCCACCUUGUAUCUGACCCACCACAGCUAGAACUACAACCUCAUUGUAAAACAAUUACCUCCUACCCCAAUAUAAACAAUACCAGCUCACACUCACUUUUUUUACAAUGAGAAUCAUUAGUUAUCGCCCUGUAAUACAAAGCUGAUCAUGUUUUAUCAAAUGAUUUCUAACCCUUGCCCCUCAUCUGUCUCUUUCCCCGUCCUCAGGACUGGAUAGAGUUUGAGGAGAUAGCGGACCUGGAGGAGCGGGCCAAGAGCCUGUUCUUUGAGAAGGUGAAUGAGGAGGUGGUGCAGAAGACCCAGGAGGCAGCCAAGGAGAAGGAGUUCCAGAGUGUUAAAGCAGCUGCAGAUGUGGUGGAUGAGGUGGGUAGCAACAUACACUACAUGACCAAAAGUAUGUGGACACCUGCUCAUCUAACAUCUCAUUCCAAAAUCAUGGGCAUUAAUAAGGAGUUGGUCCCCCCUUUGCUGCUAUAACAGCCUCCACUCUUCUGGGAAGGCUUUCCACUAGAUGUUGGAACAUUGCUGCGGGGACUUGCUUCCAUUCAGCCGCAAGAGCGUUAGUGAGGUCGGGCACUGAUGUUGGGCGAUUAGGCCUGGCUCGCAGUCAGCGUUCCAAUUCAUCCCAAAGCUGUUCGAUGGGGUUGAGGUCAGGGCUCUGUGCAAGCCAGUCAAGUUCUUCCACACCGAUCUCGACAAACCAUUUCUGUAUGGACCUCGCUUUGUGCACGGGGGCAUCGUCAUGCUGGAACAAGAAAGGACCUUCCCCAAACUGUUGCCACAAAGUUGGAAGCACAGAAUCGUCUAGAAUGUCAUUGUAUGCUGUAGCGUUAAGAUUUCCCUUCACUGGAAUUAAGGGGCCUAGCCGGAACCAUGAAAAACAUAGGGCCGGCGCACAAUUGGCCCAGCGUCAUCCAGGUUAGGGGAGGGUUUGGCCUGGGGGGGAUCUCCUUGACUCAUCGUGCUCUAGCAACUUCAUGUGGCAUGCCGGGCGCCUGCAAGUUUCACUGGAACUAAGAGGCCUAGCCCGGACCAUGGAAAACAGCCCCAGACCAUUAUUCCUCCUCCCUACGUGCUUCAGCACUCGGCGGUCCCGUUCUGUGAGCUUGUGUGGCCUAUCACACGUCGCGGCUGAGCCGUUGUUGAUCCUAGACAUUUCCACUUCACAAUAACAGCGCUUACAGUUGACCGGGGCAGCUCUAGCAGGGCAGAAAUUUGAUGAACUGACUUGUUGGAAAGGUGGCCGGUGCCACGUUGAAAGUCACUGAGCUCUUCAUUAAGGCCAUUCUACUGCCGAUGUUUGUCUAUAGAGAUUGUAUGGCUGUGUGCUCUAUUUUAUAUACCUGUCAGCAACGGGUGUGGCUGAAAUGGCCGAAUCCACUAAUUUGAAGGGGUGUCCACAUACUUUUGUAUAUAUAAUGCAUAUGGCUCACUUACAGGGCUACAAUCAGGGGUGUAUUCUUUACGCCGAUUCUGUUGCAAAGCAUUUCUUAAAUGGAAGCAAACGAAACCAGGAGGGACAUACUUGAAUUUGUCCAAUAUAAACUCUUGUUUUCGUUGCACAAUGCAACUGUUUGAUAUCUGGUUACAUCCCAGAUAUCACACAGGCCCCCUCUUAGGGCUACAACUGACUGUUUUCAUUGGCUUGUACUAGUCUUGACCCAAACGCCGCUCAAAUUUUAUUGGCUCUUUGUUUUGUUGCUGUUUUUACCAUUCUAGAAGUUAAAACUAAAGCUUCAACUGUGAUGAAUUUAUAGUUAAAGUUGAUUGAGCCUCCAUUCUUGGCAUGCAUGCUGUUCCUUUGUACUCGUGUGUGUAUGUAUGUUAUGGAGAGAGAACAAGUCCAGUGCUAUGGCUUCGGCGCCAGAAUGUUCCCUGUCUUCUGGUUCUGUCCUCAGUAGCUGGGGCAUUCUCGUAUCAUGCUGCUGUAGCCUCUAUAUUGCCAUGUUAUUUUGAUGAUAGACACUGCACGUUGUCAGAAUGUUGUAAGAUUCUAACUGUUGUUUCCCCCUCGUCUGUGUGUAGACGUGUGAGAUCUGCCAGGAGCAGUUUGAGAUGUACUGGGAGGAGGAGGAAGAGGAGUGGCACCUGAGAGAUGCCAUCAGAGUCGACGAGAAGGUGAGUGUUCACUACAAAGAUCACUCGUAGCACGAGCCUGCUGUUAGCAAAAUCAUCCUCUUUGUAAAGGAAAUACUAAUCAAAUGUCAUGUUUUUGUUUUAAUCUUUUUCCACAGACAUAUCAUCCUUCAUGUUUUGAAGAUUACAAAAAUGUAAGUAACCGAUUAGUCAAUUGAUCUGUUUUUUUUGUUUGUUUGGUCUGUGAAAUUAAGUGUUCGAAAUAUUUAUAUGCUGCUUUAACUGAUCAUUUCGCUUCCUCCACUUGUCAUUCGCCUCUCAUCGCUCCAGACAUCUUCGUUCCUGGACGUCACCCCGUCCCCCAUUAAGCUGCUGAUGGAGAACCCGCUGGGUGCGUUCAUAAAGCGUGAGGCCAACGAGAACGAUGAGGUCACUUCCUGCUGUGCUGUGGUGAAACAGGAAGUGGAGGCUUCGUUGUCUGAGACGGGCGGUGAGGCUCAAAAUGUGAAGGAUGAGGUUCAGGUGAAGAUGGAGGGAGAAACGAGUGCAAUUUCCUAA